AAUAAAAUUAAUCGUCGUGAAACCAAACAACUUGCAGAUGCUUCAGGGUCAGAGAAGUCAGAAAGGACAACAAAGAGAUCUAGAGUUUCGACCAUUCGAAGGAUAUUUGAUAUGGCUAAACACCGAACAAAGAGAUCUUCUUUUUUAUCAACUGGUGUGAAGGUUUGCCCUCAAGAAUCAGUGAAGCAAAUUUUAGCAAGCCACCAAGCUUAUUAUAGGCUAAGAGUUUGCCAGGAAGCUGUAUGGGAAGCCUUCCGGAUCUUUUUGGACCGAAUUCCAGAUGCAACAGAGUAUCAGAACUGGGUUGCUGCCUGCCAGCGAGAGACUUUCUGCAUAUUUGACAUUGGGAAAAACUUCAGUAAUUCUCAAGAGCAUCUGGAGAUUAUUCAACGGCGAGUAAAACAUAGAGCUUUCCAGGACAGGAAAGAAGAAAUUUCAACAGAGAAAACCAGUAGCAAAAAGUUUGAAGAACUUCCUUCUUUUACACAAGCGGCACCUACCGGCAUCUUAGUCAAAGAGAUUGCCAAUGAUACCAAGCCUCCUGUGAAGGUAAGGACAUGUUCUAUCACCCUUAUCAACCAGGAAUACACCCCAGAACUGAGUGAUCCUACCUCCCCUCAAUACCAGAAGCUAGCUGCCAAAUUUCAGCUUCAAAUGCAAAAGAUAUUUGAGAAACUUGCAGGUUUCAAGGAAAUCCGAGUGUUAGGAUUUAGACAGAAGAAGGAAAAAGAUGGAUCAAGCAGUACUGUAGCACGGUAUGUUGUCAGCUUUGAAAAAGACACAUCAGAAGUCAAAAGGCCUGAGGAUGACAUCUCAACAAUCGGUUCCAAUAAAAUUGAAACUGAAAAAGAUCUUCUUAGUAAGGAGGGGGAGAUACCAGUGAUUAAGCCAAAAGUGACCGACCUUCAACGGAUGGUUGCCAUUGCUCUUCAAGAAGACAAGUCACUAUCCAUGGACCUUGGAACACUUCAGUUUGCCGAUGAAGUGAUUAAACCAUCUACUGAUGUAGACAAUGAUAUCAAAUCACAGGUAACUGAUGCUACAGCUGAACCUGGGUUGACUUCUGAAGCUCCACUGGUUUAUCCAAGUCCAGCAACAUCUACAGAAACUGAAGAUACAAAUCUUAUAAUAGACUUCCCACUCCCCACAAUGCCUUUCAAUGCAGAAGAGGUGAUUUUUGCCACCCUAGAUGUAGUGUCUUUGUACACUAACAUUCCACAAGAUGAGGCCUUGGAUGUUUUAUGGGAGAUAUUAGAUAAAAGAACGGAGCAGCCCAUCCCCCCUACCUUUGAUGGAAGUGACACACAUCCUGACGAAUGGGAUAUUCGCUACCAGUAUCAUUUCCUGCUACAGAUGCGUCCAGACCUCUCUGCAUUAAGUCAAGGCUUUCAGAACUACAAUAUAAGGAUUACCGUGGAGUUGGAAUCUUCAGGUGAUGACAUUUCAGCCACAUUAAGUACCAUGCCAUAUUUCAUUGAUUCUCUUAGUCUUCCUACCUCUCUUCCUGAAGAAGAAAUUUUGGUGCCCACAGACCAGAUUGUGUUAUUGCCAGAGGCAACUGCUGGUGGCCCCUCGAUUGUUAUUGAUGAGUCUUUUGAAGCGACAACCUCUUCAUGGGAAGUAACAGCUAUCCCAACUGGAUUUGACUGGGGAGUGCAGGGUAUUGCCACUGACUCAGGUAUUAUUGACAUGAUGAUCCCAGGAACGACUGGGGAAAUGGAGGAUGGCAGCGGCUCUUAUGUAUUGCCAGCAACCCCACCUGCAGAAACAACUCCACCUCCUCCACAGGAGUAUGUAACUCCAAUCUCCGUGACAACUCCAGCCAAAGGCAAGGAGCUAGUGGUGUUCUUUAGCUUGAGGGUAACCAACAUGCAUUUUACUGAUGACCUCUUCAAUCGAAGUUCAGCAGAAUACAAAGCACUUGAACAGCAGUUCAUGCAGCUGCUGCUUCCCUACCUUCAGUCCAACCUUACAGGAUUCAAGCAAUUGGAAAUAUUGAACUUCCGCAAUGGAAGCGUGAUUGUCAACAGCAAAAUGAAGUUUGCCAAGUCCGUACCGUACAACAUCACAGAGGCCAUCCACUGUGUAUUAGAGGACUUUUGCGACGCUGCAGCUCAGCGCCUUAAUAUGGAAAUAGACAGCUAUUCACUUGAUAUUGAGCCAGCUGAUCAAGCGGACCCUUGCAAGUUCAUGGCAUGUGAUGAAUUCUCACACUGCAUAAAGAAUGAGUGGACAAAAGAGGCGGAUUGUCUUUGUAAACCUGGUUACGUAAGAAAAGAUGGACAGCCAUGCCGUAGCCUGUGUGAGAUUGAGCCAAACCUGUGUAUUAAUGGUGGCAAAUGUGAAUUAGUUCCAGGAAGAGGAGCCGUCUGUAGGCCACCAGACUCAAAACGACUGAGAAGUUAG